AUGGCUUUCCACCAUGCAGACCACUCUGACCUCGAUCUAUUCCAUGAACAGGAGGCAGAGGGGUCUGAUGCUUUGAAUGACGACACUUUUGGGGAUGCCAGUCCUAUUGGAGAUGACUGGCAGCCAUCUGCAGCCCAGGAGGCCUUCCACCGGGAGCUUGAGCAGGCAAGAAAUAGCCCCAGUUUGGCCAGAGAAGGUGCUAUAGCGCCCCCGCCGGGCUUGGCGCACAAGCCGCGUGCCAAUCAGGAGCCAGCUCCAUGUGGAUAUCCAGGUUCAAGAGGAGAGGCUUUUGAAGCACUUCGGUCCCUUGGGCUGGAGAAUCCACCUUCACUUUUGGGCCGACCACCUCCUGCUGGUCUCUUUGAAGGAUUAUCUUCUAUCCCAGACGCCAGAUCCGCCAGGCCGCCAUUCCACGGAGCCUUCCCACCCCCUUUGCCAUGGCCGGCGCUCCGCCCAGAUCUCCGGGCUCCAUGUCCCAUCCCAUUCCCCUGUGCGUUAGGCGCGUCGCUUGGCGCAUGCGGCUUGCCACCCCCAGGGCCUCCCUGGCCACGGCCUCCCUUGGGAGCACCGGCGCACGCACCGGUGGGCCCAGAGCGGCGUCCCAGGGGCCGAGGGCCGGUGAUGGAGGCACCAAGGCCGAGGCAGACAGUCAUGUCAGUGACGCAGCUGGAGGCACAGAUGAUGGCGGAGCAGGCUCCCUUGCCGGUUUCGCAGCAACUCAUCCCACCCGGCCCACCACGGCAGAAACUCACGUUGAGCCCUCAGAUUCCAAGACCCCAGCGACCCACACCCCCAAUGAUCAGUCCAACCGGUCCCAUGCCUCAGGGCAUUACUGGACCUCCACCCCCGCCACCUCCGCCAGUAACGUCAGUGCCUUUGGAUGAGGAGGUCGAGAAGCCGCCAGAGGUGCCUUUUUGGAUAGCUCCUUUCACCGAAAAGCACCGUGAGGCUGCCCUGACCGAUCCUUCGAACCCCGUCUUGGCGCCUUUCCGGAAAGAGUACCAGCGCCAGCAUGUUGGUCUCAUGACCUCCAGUGACAAAGAGUUGAUCGUCCGGAUCCAGCUGAGCCAAUUGGCCUCGAUCGGGGAGAUGGAGAAGGAGAUCGAGAAGAUCGAGAAGUCGCCAACGGAGACGGCCGAAGUGCCCCGGACGGCCGAGCCGGAGGUCACGGAGGAGGAAGGGUCCCAAGGCCACCAGGCGGAGCAGGUGGAGCAGGAGCCCGAGGCGAACGAGCCACAUGAGGCGGAUGGCUUGCCGGAAGUGGCUGCCGAUGUCAAGGAGGGUGCGGAGUCCGAGCUAAGGCCACACGACGGCCAACCGGAGCUUCUCUGA